AUGGGAUCAGGGAAGAAAUUCAAAUGUGCCUUGUUUGAAAUCCUGCAGUUUUCAGCCCUCUGUAUCCCUGUUUUCAUAGUCAUUCAGAGGUUCGCCUCCAUUGUCAAGCGGGUUAAGAAGGCACAAGGGCAAAACGACGGGGAUGCAAACACUGCCUACUGGCUUGUUGUGGCUUCCUCUAUUGCUUAUGUCACAUCUGUGGCCUUGAUUAUUUGGGUUCCUAUGAAAUACAUGAUAGCCAAAAAAAGGAAGUUUUUCACUGAAAGGAAGAAGUGGAGACCAGUCCUUCUGGUGUAUGUGAUUCUCUCAACAUUGCCCUGCUUUGCAUUCCUAAUAGCCAGCACGGAGGUGCAGAUAAACAGUAACUUGGAGCUUCAUCUGUACGAUACCCUCACUGAUCUCCCUGUCUCUUUGGUUAUAUUCUCCCUGAUUUGCGUAGAUGUAAUUGAUAGACUUCGGAAAUGUCGUCUUACAGGGCAAAUGCAAGAGGCUGAAAGGGAUGCUGGGAUUCAUAGUCCUGUUCUGACAUAUCUGGAGCAAGUUCCAACUGUAUCUGGGCAGAUCGAUGGAAAUGAAAAUGAAAAUCAUGGAGCUACAAGAUUAGAAGCCAAUGGAUCUGUGCCAGAGGUAACAACACCAGAGAAUCAGGAAAACCGUUACAGCAUCUCUGGAUACAGCUCCCGCACAGCAAGCUCCAGUAACUACACAACACCGUACACACCUUCUGGGCAUCUGAAGUUUCUGUCCACAAAUGAUGCAAGGGCAGAAAUAUUUGUUGAUUGUUUCGUGUUCUGGUUUGAUACCAUAGAGCUGGUGAGAGUUGCCGGUCUUCCCCAGGUUUUCAGGUCAGGAUGGAUUUUUCCAAUAUAUAUCUUUAGCUAUAUUUCUCUAUUGAGGUUGAUUGUGAAACCCAAAAAUCCCAUUCUGAGUUCCUUGGGAGUGUUUGUGCAAGAUAUUCCCUUCCUCUUCCUCCGAAUAGGAUUGAUUGCAGUAUUUGGAUACGUCACUCCUCUGAUCUACCUUUUUAAAAAUCUUUUGGUAUUUUUGGCUUUCGUUUAUUUUAACUUCAUGACAAAGCUUAAGCUGUUCAACACUGAGCAAAUGUUCUAAUGACAAGGGAGUUACAAUACCACCGCUGGUAAUUUCAUUAUUUAUGUCAAUGUUUUUAUUUUUAUAGCAUUGUAAGUUUUGUAUUUAUACUAUGGAGGGUAAAAAGGUAGAACCUUUUUAUUUUCUUGUAUUGUACAGGGAUAUUGAUUAUAGCUUCUAGUGAUAAGGUCUCAUUUCGGUUAUUGAGGAAUGAGGACUUUUUUUAGGCAGCCACAUUCUAUGCCAUUAGCUUUGUCACAUAUUCAUCAGUAAGUGUUAAGAAUUAAUUUGUAACAUUUCAAAGAAAAGUUUUCUUUUGUUGAGAGGUUUUCAUUUUGGUUCUCUUAUUAAGCCUCGUACACACACAGCCUAAAUGUGGUUGCGAGAUCACCUUUUGCUCUUAAAAACGUUUUAAGUACACACACAGUUUGGUUGCAAAUGGCAGCGGCAACCGUACUAGUUAAUCCUGUAGUGAGUUCGGUUAUCAAUUCAGUUUGGUUAGUUAAUGGUUAGUUCUUGCUUUGUAGAAAAGAGCAUAUCUGUGCUUGACGAGCUCUCGAUCGAUUACAUACUGUACUUUCUUCCAAAAGCAUAAACAAAAACACAGCCACACAAACCUAACGAAUGUCGUGUAAUUGUGGUCCGAGUUCAGUUGUUAGUUUAAACAGGGAGUGCACUCACUUCAGUAAUGAAAGGCGUGUGUGUACAACAAACAACCACAGCAAGUGCAGUUUGUUAAUACAGUUGUCGCGCCAACCGCAGUGUGUGUGUACGAGGCCUUAAACCUCUUAACUGACUAAAACGUUUUAAGUACACACACAGUUUGGUUGCAAAUGGCAGGACUGCCCAGUCCCUGACCACAUUCCGGCGCCUCCUUAAGACUCACCUCUUCAAAGAGCACCUGUAGAACUCCUCUGUUUGUAUCCUGGGACACUAUCACCCUUCAUGUAAAUGUGCUUUAUUUUGCUCUUAUCAGCCCCUAUUUUACUGCAUUUAAUCCUGUACUUCAGAAUACUGUAA